AUGAUCCGACACAGACCCGCUGACAUCGGUAUUUUUUCCCUCUUCUUCUCAGUCGACAUGUCUCACAGGAAGUUUGAGUGAGUCUGCCUCGGUCUGCUCGCGCCGUUGACGGUGCUGCCUCUGCCUGGCUAGGCCUGGCCCUCGCGGCUGGCGCAUUCAGGCCGCGACCCCAUGCCCAAGGUGUCACGGCGGCGCGAGCGCGACCUGUUGCGGAGUGAGCCCCCAACCGUCGAAACUGACCGACCACCCUCACUCCUCCUACCUCACCAUCACCACAGACACCCCCGACACGGCUCUUUGGGUUUCUUGCCGCGCAAGCGUGCAGCUCGUCACCGUGGCAAGGCAAAGGCCUUCCCCACCGUAACUCAUCUCAGCUAAGGAGUCGCACCGCAACCUCCAACAGCCGCUGACCACUCUCGCCUCGUCCUGGCCCACUUGCAUCACCACAGGAUGACAAGUCCAAGCCCGUCCACUUGACCGCCUUCCUCGGCUACAAGGCCGGCAUGACCCACAUUGUCCGCGAGUUGGAGCGACCUGGAUCCAGUAAGCCAGCCAUCCCAUCGGGGCUCUGUUUCCUCUCUGGUUUGUUCACUCCUGACCCCACCUCUCUCUGCUCCGCGACCAUCAGAGAUGCACAGGAAGGAGGUUGUCGAGGCCGUCACCGUCAUCGACACCCCCCCAAUGGUCGUCGUUGGUGUUGUUGGCUACGUCGAGACCCCCCGCGGUCUCCGAUCGCUCACCACCGUCUGGGCCGAGCACCUUUCCGACGAGUUGAAGCGCCGAUUCUACAAGAACUGGUACCGAUCCAAGAAAAAGGCCUUCACCAAGGCCGCCAAGAAGCACGCCGAGUCUGGUGCCAAGUCGUCGAUCGCCCGCGAGCUCGAGCGUAUCUCCAAGUACUGCUCCGUCGUCCGCGUUCUCGCACACACCCAGAUCCGCAAGACCGGCCUCCAGCAAAAGAAGGCCCAUCUGAUGGAGAUCCAGGUCAACGGUGGCUCGAUCGCUGACAAGGUUGAGUUCGCCAAGUCGCACUUUGAGAAGACCGUCGACAUCGCGUCCGUGUUCGAGCAGAACGAGAACAUCGACAUCAUCGGGGUCACUCACGGUCACGGUUUCGAGGGUGUGACCCACCGUUGGGGAACCAAGAAGUUGCCGCGCAAGACCCACAAGGGAUUGCGAAAGGUUGCUUGCAUUGGUGCAUGGCAUCCUUCCAAGGUCAUGUACUCGGUCGCGCGUGCCGGUCAAAACGGUUACCAUCAUCGUACCGAGCGGUGA